CACCGACAAACUUCACGGGCAUCAUCUCGUAAGUCCAUCUUCUACCUGGUUCGAUGCUACGAGCGAGGCCCGACGAGGGCUGAAGCCUUUCCGGCCGCGCCCGGCCGCGACAUGGACGUCCGAAUUGGAGUCUCGCAAGUUGCUUCGGAGGGGUUCUGAAGCGUCAAUUGCUGACUCGGGGUUUUUUGGAUAGUGUGAGCAGUUCGUCAAGAUGCCUUUCACCAAGCUCGUCAAGAACAGCGCCUACUUCUCCCGCUACCAGGUGAAGUACAAGCGUAGAAGAUCCGGUAAGACCGACUACUACGCUCGCCAGCGCCUCGUCGUCCAGGCCAAGAACAAGUACAACGCUCCCAAGUACCGCCUGGUCGUCCGCUUCACCAACCGCGACAUCAUCUGCCAAAUUGUCACUUCUGAGGUCACUGGUGACAAGGUCUUCGCCGCUGCCUACGGCCACGAGCUCAAGCGCUAUGGCGUCACCCACGGUCUCACCAACUGGGCCGCUGCCUACGCCACCGGUCUUCUCGUCGCCCGCCGUGCCCUGAAGAAGCUCGGCCUGGACGAGGACUUCGUCGGUGUUGAGGAGGCCGACGGUGAGUACAAGCUCACCGAGGCUGUUGAGGGUGACGACGGUGAGCGCCGUCCCUUCAAGGUUUUCCUUGACGUCGGUCUCGUCCGCACCUCGACCGGUGCCCGCGUCUUCGGCGCCAUGAAGGGUGCCUCGGACGGUGGUCUCUACAUCCCCCACUCCGAGAGCCGUUUCCCCGGCUUCGACAUUGAGACCAAGGAGCUCGAUGCCGAGACUCUCCGCAAGUACAUCUUCGCUGGUCACGUCGCUGAGUACAUGGAGACUCUUGCCGACGAUGACGAGGAGCGCUACAAGUCGCAGUUCCAGGGCUACCUCGAUGACGACAUCGAGGCCGAUGGUCUUGAGGAGCUCUACGAGGAGGCGCACAAACAGAUCCGUGCCGACCCCUUCAAGGCCGACCCCGAGGCCGGCAACAAGAAGAGCAAGGACGAGUGGAAGGCCGAGUCGAAGAAGUACAAGCAGAACAAGCUGACCAAGGCCGAGAAGGAGGAGCGCGUCCAGGCCAAGAUCGCUCAGAUCAAGGAGGCGAUGUAAGCGGUUGCGGUUGGGUUAUCAAAAGCGAACUGUUCUUGAACGUCUUGGCGCACUGGUGGAAAAGGAUGUGGCGGG